UCUAAAAAAUAUUAGCCUCCACACAAGCGAUCUCCUUGACAACGGUCCGCCAUUUUUUGUAAUCAUAACAUUUUCACGUUGUGCAUCGAACAGUGAGAGAAUAAACUGCAAAAAUGUCGGACACCGAGGAACAGAUGGGAGAAGAGGAGGAGGCAGUACGUGAAGGUGGUGAUGAAGAAGAACAGUUAGGUGAGGAAGAAGAGAAAUUAGGAGAAGAAGAGGAAAAACAAGAAGAGGAGGAGGAGGAGAAAGUUCCUGAGAAUCCACUGACAGAGGAGACGGUUGGAGAGUGCUUGUCUUUAUUGUGCAAGACAGGUGAUGGUCUAGCGCAUGCCUAUGUCAGAUUAGACAUACAUGAUAGAGAAAUUACAGAUAUCAGCAUACUAAAAGGUUUUAUACAUCUCCGAUACAUAGACUUGAGUGGAAAUAAAUUGAAGGAUAUCAGCUCUUUAAGUGUAUUAACUCAUCUAUUGACAUUGAAAGCAGACAAUAACUUACUCACAACAGCAAAGUUAGAAGAAAUGCCUUUCUUACAAAUUGCAAGCUUCAACAAAAAUAAAAUUAAAACUUUGGAUGGAGUAAAUCAUCCCAUGUUGGAACAUCUGAGUCUGAAUGAUAACGAGAUCACUCAAGUAUCAGGAUUAGAUCCCAUCAAGCUUUCUCGUCUUCACACACUGGAACUAAGAGGAAACAAACUGGAAACCACGGACGGUGUCUGUCUUCCUAACUUGAAGAAUUUAUUCAUGGUAAGAGAAUUAAUCCACAUUUUAGGAAAUUUUUCUGAUUCCUUGUGUCGUGAAAAUCUGAGAGACAACCAGUUAACCCUACUUGUUAUGAUUUUGUUACAAUACAUCAAUUUUAGAGGAAACAAUAUAACUUCUUUGAAGGAAUUACAGAAACUCCAAGUUCUACCCAUGUUGAGAGCCCUGGUAUUAUCAGAGAACCCCGCGGCUGAGGAGGAGGACUACAGACUUGAGGUGCUGAUCACGCUGAGGAAACUGGAGAGGCUGGACAAGGAGGAGUAUAAUGAUGAGGAGCGUGAGGAGGCAGAGCAGAUCUACGAACAGAGGAGGCAGGAGGAGCUAGCCGCAGAGAAUGAAGAAGGUUCAGAAGAAGAUGAUUAAUAAUUCUGGAGUCUGUGAAGAAAAAAACAUUUUGAUAAAAAAAACUGUCACAACUGAUUCAUUACAUCAAAGUGUUUCAAGAGAACUGAUCGGAAGAUUACAAUUAUUCUGUGAUACUUGUUUCUUAUUAUCUAAUUUUAUUGGAAUAAAUUAUGUAUUAUUUUAUGUUAAUACACCUUGACAUUUAUGGGAGAAGUAAAUUAUUUUACUCUUA